AUGUCCGGCUUCAGAAACUCCUCCAGCUACCAGGAGUUCGACACCGAGGCCAACGAAGUGGGCCGCAAGCGGUCGUUGAUUCGCCCAGAAAGACAGCGCAUGGACAGCUCCCAUCCCCGUUUCCACUACACACAAGUAGCCUCGCAACAGGCGAGCCAUUUGCGCAUUUUGCCCUCCGACACCGGGUUGGAUCCCGUGCACAACACCGAGGCUGCCCCAUACCAUCUGGUGCCCGAGGAGUCCGAAGAGGGCAUUCCGUUGAUGGCCAUCGGCGAAGAAACGCAGCAACAGGGCCGCGAACAGUUCGGCCUCAACGAUGAGGGUGAUCAGCGUAGAUAUCUGUACAAGCGGGCGUCGAAAAACGGCAACGCGCUCUACGAGAAGGAGGAACAGAACAAGAUCUAUUUCUGGAAAGUGUACUGUUACAUCAUCACGUUCUGGGCGCCUAGUCCGUUGUUGAGACUCUUCGGCAUGAAAACCAAGUCGCGCCAGUUUGCGUGGAGAGAGAAAAUCGGUUUGAUUAGUUGUAUUUUGUAUAUCGGCGCCUUUGUGGCCUACAUCACCUUUGGAUUCACUAGAACCGUGUGCUCUGCUCCGCGCACCAAGGUCAAGAACGGAGCCGUCAGUACCUCCAAUCUCAUCAUCAACGGCCGUAUCUACGACAUGAGUCUGUCUCAGCAUCCAGGCGCCGCCGGUGUCCCUGCUGGCUCCAAUGUGUUGUAUCCACCAGUCAACGCUGGUGGCCAAGAUGCAUCUUUCUUGUUCCAGAACGUCAAUGGCCACUGUAGAGAUAUCAUCAUGCCCAGAGAUAAUUGUUCCAUUCCUCAUGAUGACCAGAAUUUGGCGUGGUACAUGCCAUGUCGCGUUUUCUCGCAAUACGGCGCUGACUCGCUCAACACCACUGAGGAGUUUUACCAGGGCUGGGCUUGUCACACCUCCUCCGCAGCUAGAGACGCAUACUACUCGUUGCAGGUCAGUGGUGACGUUUAUUUCACGUGGGACGAGAUCCGUAAUAGCUCCCGUAACUUGGUCGUAUACUCCGGUACCGUUUUAGAUCUCGACUUGCUUAAUUGGAUCCAAACGGACGAUUUGACUUACCCAACCCUAUUCGACGAAUUGCGCGACCAGUCUUUCCGUGGACAUGACAUUUCGCUCAUUUUGUCGGCCUCAUCUGAUCGCAGGGCUGCACAAUGUUUGACCGAGAUCAUCAGAGUCGGUGUCAUCGAUUCUGAGACCAUUGGUUGUAUUGCCUCGCAGGUCGUGUUGAUCAUCUCUUUGGUGUUUAUCUUAUCUGUUGUUGUCGUGAAGUUCGUGUUUGCAUGUUACUACAAAUGGGUGGUGAGCAGAAAGCAAGGUGCCGAUAUCGUCGACAACAGGACCAUGGGUGAAAGAGACCGUGAGAUUGAGCAGUGGUCUGAGGAUCCUACUGCAGUCGUCUCCGAAAAGGCACGUCAUGCCACCGCCAGUCCACAGGUGGGAUCCGACUUCAAGCGCGUCAAAACCAACCGUCAAAGUGUUUUCUUCCAGUCCAACCAAUCUGCUCAAGACUUGAUGGACCUUGCCAUCGCUAAACCUGAGACUCCUCCUUUGUUUAAGUACACCACUAUGGGAACGCAGGCUGCUGAACGUGCUGCCCGUGACACUCAAAUGACUGACCGUCAAAAGAGAGCUAUGAAGACCAGAUCUGUUUUUGCACACAGCAGACACUCUUCUAUGGAUUUGCUUGCUAGAAAUAGUUUCGGACCUUUCGAAAACAUGCCAGAACCAAUCUCGACCUUGGGUCAUGAUAUCUGUCAUCCCGACGUUGAGCCUCAAAAACCACACACCUUCGAGCCAUACGGCUACCCUCUUGUUCACACCAUCUGUAUGAUUACCGCCUACUCUGAGGACGAGGAGGCUUUGCGUACCACCAUGGAUUCCGUCGCUAACACUGACUACCCUAACAGUAACAAAUUGCUAGUCGUCAUUUGUGACGGUUUGAUCAAGGGAUCUGGUAACGACAGAUCCACUCCUGAAAUUGCUUUGGACCUCAUGACUGAUUUCUGUGUGCCAAAAGAGGAGGUGAAAGCCCACUCUUAUGUGGCUGUUGCGCUGGGUUCGAAACGUCACAACAUGGCCAAGGUUUACGCUGGUUUCUAUAAGUGCACCCCUAGUGAGGACUCCAACAAACCUCCUCAAAGAGUUCCUGUGAUCUUGAUUGUCAAGUGUGGUACGCCCGAGGAAGCUGGCGGCCCCAAACCCGGUAACAGAGGUAAAAGAGACUCUCAGAUCAUUUUGAUGUCGUUUUUGCAAAAAGUUACAUUUGACGAGAGAAUGACCGCUUUGGAGUUUGUCAUUUUGGAAUCCAUUUGGAGAGUAACAGGUAUCAUGGCCGAAUUCUACGAGAUCGUGCUAAUGGUCGAUGCAGACACAAAGGUCUAUCCUGACUGUUUGACUCACAUGUGUGCGGAAAUGGUGAAAGACCCUCUGAUUAUGGGAUUGUGUGGUGAAACCAAAAUUGCCAAUAAAAAUCAAUCCUGGGUUACAGCCAUUCAAGUUUUCGAAUACUACAUUUCUCACCAUCAAGCCAAGGCUUUCGAGUCUGUGUUCGGUGGUGUGACUUGUUUGCCUGGUUGUUUCUGUAUGUACCGUAUUAAAGCCCCCAAGGGCAAUGACGGCUACUGGGUGCCUAUCUUGGCCAACCCAGAUAUUGUGGAAAGAUAUUCUGAUAACGAAGUGGACACCUUGCACAAGAAGAACUUGCUUUUGUUGGGUGAAGAUCGUUACCUUACCUCUCUCAUGUUGAAGACCUUCCCCAAGAGAAAGCAAGUGUUUGUGUCAAAGGCUGCUUGUAAGACUGUGGUUCCCGACAAAUUUUCUGUGCUUUUGUCUCAGCGUCGUCGUUGGAUUAACUCUACGGUACACAACUUGAUGGAGUUGGUCUUGGUGAAGGACUUAUGUGGUACCUUCUGUUUCUCGAUGCAGUUUGUCAUUUUCAUUGAGUUGAUUGGUACUUUGUGUUUGCCAGCUGCCAUUUCCUUCACUGUCUAUGUGAUUAUUGUUGCUAUCAUUUCGCACCCUACACCAAUCAUGUCAUUAGUCCUUCUUGGUAUCAUUUUCGGUUUACCUGGAUGUUUGAUUGUCGUCACCGUCUCUUCGCUCAAGUACGUGAUUUACUUUUUCAUUUACUUGAUUGCAUUGCCAAUCUGGAACUUUGUGCUUCCUACGUACGCGUUCUGGAAAUUCGACGACUUCAGUUGGGGUGAAACCAGAACCGUCAUUGGCGAGUCCAAGGGUGACCACGGAAACGCUGAUGGUGCCUUUGACUCGUCGAAGAUUAUGAUGAAGAAGUGGAGAGAGUGGGAGCAGGAGAGAGUUUCGGACCAGUCUGCAUCUAUUGCUGCUCCUGGCCCCGUUUGGCACCCAACCAACGUGGAGAACGACACUUACUACUCGGAGGAGUCCACGCUGUCCCCAUAA